CUUGGAGAGAGGCAUUGUACAGGAGAGGAAAAGUCUCUGGCAGAGAGGAAACAGGACAACAGCUAACAUUAGUGUACGGGAAACAGGACAACAGCUAACAUUAGUCAGGAAAUCCUCCAAGGCAUCAGAGGAUGCCAGCGGUGAUCUGAAGAGAGACAGAACAGAGAGAAAAAGCGUCAGUUUCCUCAACUCUGUCAGUGUGAUCUCAGCGGACGGAGGAGACAGCACUACCACCAGCACCAUGGAGGUGGAGGCCCACCCUGAGAGCUGCUACCCCAGCCAAGGGCUCAACGGCCAGGGCAACAAACACCAGCCACAGCCCCUGGACAUUGAGGUAGCUCAUGAGAUAGCCUACUUAGACGAGGUGUUGGAAUCUAACUGCUGUGACCCCGGGGUUGAUACCACGCCAUCACCCUCUAACGGGACUGCGACCCCUGAGAAACACCCCAGGGAGGUCAGCAUCGACGGGACCGGGCCGUCUGUCCACAUCUCCAACACAGACACAACAUGCCCACAGACCAACCAUGAGGUCAUAGUAGAGGGGAGGAAGCAGACUAUCUUAAUUGAACACCAGGAUGUCAAUUACACCAACAACACCUAUAACACCAAGCCCAACGGCCACUCUGGACCAAUGAGAGGAGAGCAGGAGAACUACAGGAAGCAGGGAGGAGAGACAACAUCCCCCACUAUGACCACCAUCAAGAAGGAGGCGCGUUUCGAGCUACGGGCCUUCAAGGAGGAGAAAAAGCCGUCCAAGCUGUUCGACCCGUGUGAGAAGGAAGUGCGCGUGAAGAAGGUGCGUCCCUCGGAUGAGGUGGCAGAGCUGGAGAGGGAGAGGCUGGAGCUGAUCAGGGGCCAGGCGGUAAAGAAGAACCCAGACAUGGGGACAAAAUGGUGGAACCCUCCUCAGGAGAAGAGUCUGGAGGAGGAGCUGGAGCCGGACAAACUAGAGUCACACAGGAAGUACGAGGAGAGGAAGCAGCAGAUGAGGUCAGAGUUCACUGGUGGGAUGUCCCAGACGUACACCCAGUACUCCAUGACCUUUGACCCUAAUGCUGACCCUGAGCCUGGCCGCGACACGCCCGAGCUCUUCCAGAGCACCAAGGAGGACAUUGUGGUGGAGCAGAUCGACUUCUCUACCGCCAGGAAGCAGUUCCUCCAGAUAGAACGCGCCAGGCAGCAGGCGGCCGAGAGGUCACAGGUCACAGCUCCCAAGAGAGACGUGGCUCCCCAGCUGUACUCGGCCAAGCCCUUCUCCAGAUCGCCAGACACCGUCACCCACGUGGAGCGAUCCUCCGGUUACGUCACUGUGAGCUACAGCAGUUACCAAGGCUCACCACUAGAGGGCAGCGACGCAACCAACACCACGGUCCGGGCAGAGAGGAUCUAUUGCAGCCCAGGAGGGUCCCAGUCCCCCACCUCUACCCUGGGGAGGGGGCUGGGGCUGGGAAAGGGAGAUCCCAGUAAUAGUGGCCCCAAGGAGGCCUGGAUGGAGAACAGAGACAGAGACGGAGACUUUACUUGCGCCAGGGCCAUCAUGACCAUCCUAAAAGAUGAGAAGGACUCUCUGUCCCUCCAGCAUUGUUCCUCCUCCCUCCAUAGCCCCAGCGCCUCUCUGUCCUCAUGCCACCCCGAGGAAUGUGACUCCGGGCUGGACGAGCUGUCCCUGCGCUCCCUGGAUAACACUACGCUGGACGACUUCAGCAUGAAUAACGUGUCCGACAGUGGGGCGUCAAACGAGACCAUGACGGCCUACCUGGGGGAGACGUCUCUGGGGGAGUACUCCUUCCCCUCCACCCCCCAGGCCACCACGCCCGUCAACGGAAAGAUGGAGGGAGGCACACCCAUGUCCCCUGGGGAACAGAACGAGGGAAGAGGCACCCCCAUGUCCCCUGGGGAACAGAACGAGGGAAGAGGCACCCCCAUGUCCCCUGGGGAACAGAACGAGGGAAGAGGCACCCCCAUGUCCCCUGGGGAACAGAACGAGGGAAGAGGCACCCCCAUGUCCCCUGGAGAACAGAACGAGGGAAGAGGCACCCCCAUGUCCCCUGGGGAACAGAACGAGGGAAGUCAGAGUCUGUUGGAGGAAGAGCUGGAGUACCAUGCAGGGAUCCUGGUGCAGAGUGUCAUCCAGCACGCCAUGAUGAACCAGAACCAGACUCAGCAGGGCGAGGAGUGGCAGGGGGUCGCCCUCGCCGCGCCACAGUCCUCCCCCCUCCCCCUCCCCCUCCAGGAGAGGCACGUAGACUUAGACGUUCUACCGCCGUCUUCUGGGAACCUUUUAUCACAACCUACAGAGUAUCAGUCACCCGCACCUCUAUACCUCCAGUCACCCACACCUCUAUACCUCCAGUCACCCACACCGCUAGACCUCCAGUCACCCACACCGCUAGACUCACCUCCAAGCCCACUGCAGCAGUCACCAACACCCUUACAGUCCCUCCAGUCAGCCCCACCCCAGUACCAGUCAACUCCAUCACCUCAGCCACUGUCACCUCCAGCCCAGUUCCAGUCAAGGCCAACCCAACAUCAGUCUCCUUCACCCCAGCUCCAGCCCCUCCCAACCCCGAUGGAGAGACCUGCCUACGCCUCCCCUCCACAGAGAUCUUCAUCCGGGGGUCCUAAGAUCCUCAUCCAGUCCGCACUCAGUCGUUCGCUGGCCCUAAACCCAGACCCCGUCCCAGCCCGCACUCCUGUCCUCAUCCCUCCCCGUCCCAUAGAGCCCUACCAGCCUCCAGAGCUGUCUCCGACCCUGAGUGAAAAGGACCAGUUCAGCUUCUUCUCUAAGUACUCCGAGGCGGCCGAGCUCCGCAGCACAGCCGAAGGGACCAGAGCCCAGGAGACGGAGCAGAGUGCCGGGCCAUUCAAGCUGCGCUCCCGGAAGCAGAGGACUCUGUCCAUGAUCGAGGAAGAGAUCCGAGCGGCGCAGGAGAGAGAGGAAGAGCUGAAGAAGCAGAGGCAGAGACCGGGAGCGGUGAGGUCAGGACUGGACCCCAGAACCAACCAGACUGGCAGGCCCAAGAUGAUAACUAUCAUCCCCAGGGACCAGCACAAGACCAACAGCCUGCCCGCCAAACUCACCCUCUCUGGGAGCCUGCCACCCACCAAACUCACCCUCUCUGGGAGCCUGCCCGCCAAACUCACCCUCUCUGGGAGCCUGCCCGCCAAACUCACCCUCACCAGUAAGACGGCACCAGGUGAGCUAACUGUGAUAAUAAGCUUUUCUGCAUCUGAAACCUUCUUUUGA